AUGGGUUCUACAGAGUCGAGCACCGAUCAAACCCUCGUCAACACCAGCACCCCGAAUCUCUUCUCCCUACAUGACAGAACAAUUAUAGUCACUGGCGCGACUGGCGGUCUCGGUUCGCAACUCACGAGAGCCAUCCUCGAGUCCGGCGGCGAUGUCAUAGCCAUCGAUUACGGCGAGGUGACGCCAACAACAUGGGAACCCCUUCAAUCCCUCGCAAAGUCCCUCUCCCGCAACCUCACCUACCAUGCCUGCGACAUCUCCUCCCAAUCUCUUACCACCAGCGUCUUCGAAGUAGCAGCCGCUCAAGCCCGAUAUCCCGUCCGCGGUCUGAUCAAUUGUGCCGGUAUUGGAACCGCAGCGGCAAAGGUUGUGACGAAGCAGUAUCAUGAGGGGAAGAGUCUGGGAGCGAGCUUUGUGUUUGUGGCGAGCAUGAGCGGGUACAUUUCCAACAAGGCUACCCCAACAGCAAUUUAUUCCGCAUCCAAAGCCGGCGUCCACCAACUCGUUCGCUCCCUCGCCGGCGAAUGGGGCUCUUCAUCUCCAUCUUCACCUUCAAGCCCAAUCAUCCGCGUCAAUUCCAUCAGCCCCGGCGUCAUCGAAACCCCCAUGACACAGCACGUCCUCGCCAAAGAAGAAUGGACCUCAGUAUGGCGGCAAGAAGCAAUGCUCAAACGAAUCUCCACUCCGGACGAGUAUCGCGGGGCCGUAAUCUUUCUGCUAGCGGACGCGAGCUCAUAUGUUACGGGCACUGAUUUGCGGGUUGAUGGCGGAUCGACGGCGUGGUAA